GAGGCUCAGUUUGGAGUCCGCGUUCCCUUUCUCCAUUUCUCAUUAGUCAUUAGGAUUUAGGAUAUUUUGUUGUGCUUUUUAUUCAAUUGGAGAUAGAAUUAAGAUUCUGACAGAUUGUAUCUGCUGAUUAAUUUUCGUCGAUUCUAAUAUGGACAGAUUGCUCCGAUUGGGUGGAGGUAUGCCAGGGCUGAAUCAGGCGCCCCCCUCCAAUGACGCACCUGUUGUAGACACUGCAGAACAAGUGUACAUUUCAUCGUUAGCUCUCCUGAAGAUGCUGAAGCAUGGACGAGCAGGUGUUCCUAUGGAAGUUAUGGGAUUGAUGUUGGGCGAAUUUGUUGAUGACUAUACAGUUAGAGUCAUUGAUGUGUUUGCUAUGCCUCAAACUGGUACUGGAGUGAGUGUGGAAGCAGUAGACCCAGUAUUCCAGGCGAAGAUGUUGGACAUGCUGAAACAGACCGGGCGGCCAGAGAUGGUUGUGGGUUGGUAUCACUCUCAUCCUGGGUUCGGCUGCUGGCUCUCGGGGGUGGACAUCAACACUCAGCAGAGCUUCGAGGCACUGUCUGAGCGAGCUGUUGCUGUCGUCGUGGACCCCAUACAGAGCGUUAAAGGUAAGGUAGUGAUUGAUGCGUUCAGACUGAUCAAUCCAAACAUGAUGGUACUCGGCCAGGAGCCUAGACAGACUACCUCCAACCUUGGUCAUCUGCAGAAGCCCUCUGUACAGGCUUUAAUCCAUGGCCUGAACAGGCAUUACUACUCAAUAAGUAUAAACUACAGGAAGAAUGAGCUGGAACAGAAGAUGUUGCUGAAUCUGCACAAGAAGUCGUGGAUGGAUGGGUUGAUGUUACAUGACUACAAGGACCACUGUAAGAUCAACGAGUCCACAGUCCAUGACAUGCUUGACUUGGCUAAGAAUUACAAUAAGGCUCUUGAAGAAGAAGAGAAGAUGACUCCAGAGCAGCUGGCUAUCAAGAAUGUCGGUAAACAAGACCCCAAGCGCCAUCUGGAAGAGAAAGUUGAUACUCUGAUGGCCUCAAACAUUGUGCAGUGUCUCGGAGCUAUGCUGGAUACCGUUGUCUUCAAAUGAUCAUUUUUCUUGCUGUAAUCUCUUAUUUAUGUGGAUCCACUUAAUUAUAAAUAAUUUGUUAAAUAAAACCCAUUUUCUAUUUUGUU